AAUAUGUCAGGUGAUGUCACUGAAUCGGCGUCUGCUAGUAAAAUGGCGGCCGCUGAGAUUCAGAUAGUAAAUCCUCAAAAUUUAACAAAAAUCGAAAGUUUUCUCCAUGAUCCGAGUUAUAAAGAGAUCAUUGAGAAUUCGUCCACGUUCAACUCGAGAUUAUGUGCGGAAAGGAGAAUGCGUAUGCCCUUCAUUGACACGCAGACCGGUGUCGCUCAGAGCCACUGCAAUUUGUUCAUGACUAGGAGACAGCGUAUGCCUGGUCAGAAAGAAGGUCAAGUCUACACAUAUCCAGCGCAAAGAUGGCGGAAAGCUCGACGUCAGUACUUGACAAUGUCAUCAACUAGAUGGGGAUGGAACAGGGCAGCGGAUCUAGCAGAUAAUACUGGUGAUGGAGAAAACAGUUCAGGCUUACCUGAUGCACUAGGUGGAGAUGACAGUAGAGAUGGAUCGCAGACUGCAGCAAAAGAUGAUCCAAAGGAAUGGUUUUAUGAUGAACUGGCAAUGGAGGAAAUGGAAACUGGAGAAGAGCCUGAAGCAGAGUCAGAUGAAGAUUAUUAUGAUGAUACAUACGCAAAUAGGCGCAAACGUCGUGGUGGAGCUACGCCUACUGGACCUGGUUCCAGGGGAGGGAGAACAAGGAAAUCUCAGCCUGAUGAUACACCUGCUAAAAGGGGCAGAGCAGGUCGAGGACGGCGGCGUGCGGGUCAGGGCACGCUGCCUUACGAGGUGCCGGGCGACGCGGAGAAGCCCUACGGCUGCGAACUGUGCGGUGCUAAGUACAAAACUCGCGCCGGCCUCACGUACCACUUCACUCACACGCACAAGGACCCCCCGCCCGGGGCCAGUACGUCGGCGGUCGCGGGCGGCAGCGACGGCGACUCCCGGGACAGCCCGCACGGCACGCCCGCGCCCAACGCGCAAUCCGCCCAAGCGCAGCCCGCCACUGAGUACCAGGAUAGCUACGUGACGUUCCUGAACAAUCCUGCCGCCGGUGCUGCUGCUGUAGCGACUCCGCCCGCGCGUCGUCCGACGCCGCCUCCUCGUCCGGCUUCAGCUGACACGUCGAGUUCGGAUUCCGCGCACGCUCCGCUCAUACCGCCCGCUCCCGCUCCGGUCCCCGCUCCCGCUCCUCCUGUGGUACCGGUGCCGGUCGCGAGCGCCAGCGCCGUUCUGCCGAUACUUAAGGAGCCCGAGACUAAGGCUUCGCCGUCACCGUACUGCGACUUCUGCCUGGGCGACGACCGCGAGAACCGGAAGACGGGAACUCCCGAGGAGCUGGUCAGCUGCUCGGACUGCGGCCGAUCAGGCCACCCCACUUGUCUCCAGUUCACCGUGAACAUGAUAGUGUCGGUGCGGAAGUACCGAUGGCAGUGUAUCGAGUGCAAGUGUUGUUCCGUGUGCGGCACGAGCGAUAACGAUGACCAGCUGUUGUUCUGUGACGACUGCGACCGCGGCUACCACAUGUACUGCCUGGCGCCGCCGCUCGACACGCCGCCGGAGGGCUCGUGGUCCUGCGCGCUCUGCAUCAAGGAGUUCCACCAGCCCAGGGUCGCUCUGCAGGUACAAUAAGAUUGACAGGGAGUUGAACGCGAAUGCAGAUGAGCACGCGGCCGACCUGAUCGGAAGUGGUCGCUGUCGCCCAUGGGCAUUGGCAUUGACAAUGCUCAUGGGCGACCAGAUCCGGAGAUCCACGAUCAAGCUGCAGUCUUCCGUGAAAUACUCUAAACACGUAAUUAUGGAAAUGUUUUUCAACAUUAUGUACAAGAUUCAUAAAUAAAUAUAUUUAAUUGAAUGAAUGAAUGAAUGAAUGAACGAUUCAAAAGGAAUCAUUCGUUCGAUUUUUAUUUUGUAACUUUAACAGUACCUACGUAAACGGUCUAAGUACAUUUUGAGUUAGGACGUAUCUUUAAUGAUGAAUUCGGCCUAAAGGCCUUCUCGUAUUAGAGUAAUAAUUGAUAUUUUUUUGCCGACGGUACUUAUAUUUUUUUUACUAGUAAGGUUAUGGAGAAUGCAUGAAAUUGCCAACGUUUGACAACGGCUGUUUCGUUGUGUCACGAACGUCAGUAAUUAAACUAAAUUAAUGAUAAUAUUAAAAAUAAAUAAUAGCAGGUUUUUUUGUAUUAAUGUUAAGUAAAGCUGUGAUCGGUAUAGUUGGUUGUGAAGAGAGAGAGAGCGUUUGGGCUUCUUCUUUUUUUUUUUAAUAUUUUUAAACACAGAGAGAUUAUUUCUGAGAUAUCUCUCAUACGGAUCGUUGCUGUUGUGAUGAACGCUUCUCUGGGUUGUACAUUUAGUUUUUUUACUUGCGUCUUUUUUAUUUUUUGGUCACACUCAGUUGUGUGGCUUGUGUCUGUAAUGUUGCCAGCGCUGAAUGUAUUUUUUUUUUUGUGUAUCGAUGCUACUUUUUAAUUUAUAAAGUGACUUUACUUUGUGAUCUUGUAAUUUUGAUUAAUUUCAAUUUAGCGUUGUUAUGUUUUGAGUAUUCGAAUCCUUUCAGUCACACAAGCGUUCCAAUGUUCCUUUCAAAAGUUUAGUAUAGAUAUCUUUCUAAACGAUUUAGGCAAAAACAUGAUGCUAUUUAUCGUAAUUGUGAUAUGAAUCUAUAAUAUUAAUUUCAUUGCAUUAGAGUUAGUCUUGUGUUAAAAUGUUAUCGCAGGCCACAGAAUAUCGCAACGUAUCGCAUAUCCCGUCAUAUUCACAUCUUUCCAUACAUCGAGUAUAAGAAACGGAGAAAUAUUAACCAAUAAGAUUGCACAAAAUCAAAUUUAUAAGAUUGCAAAAUGAUUGGUGGACAGGCAGCCUAAGCGGCAUGAACCUUUAUUAACCUUUGAGUCAUGAUAACUUUGAGAAAUGUUUGACGUCAUACAAUAAUAGCUCUUAUACGUAAAUGAAUUGGAAACUAUUAAAGACAUUGCGGAAAUAUUGUUAUAUUGACUCGAUUUGAUUCUUAAAUCACUUGUAUUCAAUAGUUUUUUUUGUUGUUUGUUACAAAACACAUUUUCAUUCAAUCUUAUAUUACACUAAGUCACACAGAAAUGACAUUGUAUUUACAUUUGUAAUAUUUACAUUAUAUUUUAAUGUAAUUUUAUUUAUAUUAAAGAUUACAAAGUGAAGUCUUAGGUUGUCUUAGGUUGGACUAUUUGAAAUGUUCGCAUCGAACGAUUGUGUGCUCAAGUUUUGUAUUUGUACAGAAUAAAUGAACAAUUAUCGUAUUGGUUAUUUUUCGUAUUAAACCAUUAUUGCAUUUUUAUUCUAUGCCGCAUUGUAAUCGCACAAUUACAUUUUAAAUAAACACUUAAACUUGUUUUAAAGUUAUUAAAAUCGAAUGAUUUAAAAAAAUAAUGAUUCAUACGUAUCUGCUUUUUUAAAUGAAAUGUUAAUUUUUUUUUUCAAUCCCAUAAUGAAUACACGGGUAACGUAUGUUUAUAAUUUACUUUAAAAAAAAAAGCUUUGGGAUUUUCUACUUAAGUUCAAGAAAUCGCAUGUUGUCAUGAAUGUGUAAAUUCGUAUUUUUUGGUUUUUUAACAUGGCAACAUUCGAUCGAUGUAAUUUCCCGCGUACUAUGAUUUGCAAGUGUCAAACGCGUUUUUUGGUAAAUGACUGUAAUGUAUAUUAUGAUGUUUCAAAUUAAGCAUUGAAUCCACGUCUAUCCAACUUUAAAUGUAUCAUGGAGAGUAGCAAAAAUAUGUCUAUAGUUUUAAGGUACUAAGUGUGUAACGCGGUGUCACUCGCAGCAUUAAACUUGCAUUUUCUCAAAUAAUUUAACACGUUUUUUUUAUUUGUUUUCAAAGAAUAUGUCUUUAAACAAUCAUUCCAAAGUGUCCCUCUCUGGUGCCCAAGGCAGAUUUCAUUGAAUUUCCUUGAAGGAAUAUCUCUCAAGCUUUAAUUGUAAUGAUGCCUAAAACCAUAGCUUUUUUAGCGCUUUAAGCCCAGUGAAAAUGCCGCUAAAGAGGGCAUAACUCUUUACAACAAUACCAGUGUUUAAAAGCAGGAUAAAUAUACAUUGUGGGAAGGAGAGGGAGCAUAAGUAAACUAAACUAAGCUUUUUUUUUUGCCAUUUUUUUUUGACUUUAAUACUAAUAACAUUAUUGGGAGGUAGUUGAUAAAUUUUGAAAUUAAAACUCACUUCGUUUGCACGUGGACUCAGUGUUUUAUUUCGGAGUAUUUCAAGAUGUGUGAUUUCAUGUUUGUAAUUGUUUAUAGUUUAACCGUAUUCUUAAGGAAUUUCCAUCCUGAAACUGAAUGAAUAAAGAUCGUGUCAUAUUUUACGGUGAUGUUACGCGUGUAACAAAUAAAAUGGUAUUAUGUA